AUGACUAUCCGGCUUGCAACACCUUCUGACGAGCCCGCCAUGGCAUCUCUCUUGACCAAAGCAUUCUUCGACGAGUCGCUCUUUGGUCAGGUUAUGCAUCCGUACCGCGACCAGUAUCCGGAUGAUGUCAAGAUAUUCUGGUCAGAGUACCUACGAAAACACUGGAAGAUAACCAACGAAAGACUGUUUGUCGCAACGACAACAGUAGAUGGACGGGAAAAGGUUGCCGGCGUAGCUGUCUGGCGCCGAGACGGCGACGACGAAGGGAAGCGUAGAGUGGAGAGCGAGUGGGUUGAUGUCGGCACAGAUGUCUUCCAGCCCCUUCCCUCAACCCAGAAUCGUGCUCUAGAUCCUAGCAAGCGUAAUCUUUUGAACGAUUCCUAUCCCUUCUUUAAGCAUCACUGGGACGGUGACCGCAGAAACAACUGGUAUCUCGAUCUAUGUGGAGUCCAUCCAGACUAUGCCGGCAAGAGGCUCGGACAAGCACUGGUCGGUUGGGGCCUCGAUCGCGCGAGAGAAGAGGGCGUCCAUGCGAGUGUCACAGCUAGUAAAGGAAACGAACGGUUCUAUUUGCGAUGUGGGUUUGAUGAGGUAGUAGGAAAUUGUACGCAAGGAGAAGGCAACCCGUUGAGCAAGGCCGGAGUUGAAGGUGGUGAUGUACUGUUCAUGUUUCCCAAACAGAAGCCGUAA